AUGUCUCCAUCAUCAAACUUCAUUUCUCUCCUUCUCUUCACAACCCUCUUGCUACCUCUUCAAACCAUAGCCAGAGACAGUGAAUUCUUCAGCAAAGUCACUCAUUUCAACAAAGAAACACAAAUCCCCAACAAAGAAGAAUCAACAACCCUCACAAACAAACCAGAAAACCAACAACCAUCUUUCAUCCCUCAAACUGAAAACAACAGCUAUGGUUUAUAUGGCCAUGAAUCCGAUCACCUUCCAACCACCACCGCAACGAACUCCGAGUUCGAAAACAACAACAAGUACUACAACAAUGAUGCCUAUAACACAAACUAUUACAACAAGGAUCCUUUUGGAAAUAGUCAAAAUGAGUUGAGUGACACAAAGUACAAUGGAGAAGGUUACAAUUACAACUCCGUGAUGGAAAAACAAAACAACAAUGAAAGACCAUUCCACAACAACAAUAACAACAACAAUAACUAUUACAAUGUUGAGAAACAAGGGAUGAGUGACACAAGGUUUUUGGAAGGUGGAAAAUAUUUCCAUGAUAUUAACAAUGAGAAAUACAACCCAACAACGUACGGUGAUUCAUAUUCCAGAGGAGUUAACACAAAUAAUUGGUACCACAACAAUGGUAACAGCUAUAACACUGACAACAAUGGUAACAACAAUGGUUACAACAAUGGAUACUACCAGAAUAACCAUGGAAGCUACAAUGGUUAUAAGAACCAAGUUGUGAAUCAGUUUGAAGAUGAACAAAAUGAGUUUGAGCCAUGA